AUGCUCUCCCGCUCCCUCACGCCGCUUGCCAGGCAGGCACUACGCGUGCGACGCAGCGUAGCACCCACCGCGCAGCUGCCGCCAGCAUUCGGCCGCCGCACCAACUCGUCGUCGUCGUCGGGCGGCAACGGUCUGCCCAGCUCCUGGCCCCCGCUCCCGCCCGGCUUCGAAAAGGUGACGCAGCGGCCCUCGGCCAUCGAGGCCAUCCGCAACCUCGUCGAAAUCAUGAAGAAGAACGGCAUCGACAUGUCUUCCGGCGAGAAGCCUUCCAUGUUCCAGAUGAUGAAGCUCGCCUCCAACUCCGAGAUCCGCGAGGCCACCGGCAAGCUCAUGCACGAGCUCAAGGAGGCCGGCAUGGACGUCUCGCCCCAGGCCCUGCAAAAGUUUAUGCAGGCCGGCGCCGACUCGCUCAAGGACCCCAAGAAGUAG